GUGGCCAAACAAGCAGCAGGUAUGAGCGAAGAUGAGACUUUCUAUCGAAACCAGUCCGCCGCCGCUGACUACGGCGGAAACGUCCCCGUGGAGCACCUGGACUAUGGCUACAUUGAAAAAUGCAAAGACGUAAAAUACCUGGAGAUGAUCUGGAGAGUACUUAAGUCCGGCGACGAGGGCAUUUAUCCUCAUCUGAUUGAGUUCUGUGAGAGUCACUUGGAGAAACUGGACCCCAGGAGCCGGGCUCUCAGGAAGGAAACCCCUGUGGCCACAGCAGCCAGCCUCUCCAAUGAUGAGUGGAGCCAAAUUGUUGAAGAGUUGAAGACGUGGCAAGAAGAAACCAAAAAGACGGAGACUUCACUAAAACAGCAGUCAGUGUUUGAUGAUUUACACAAUAUAAAUAUACCACCUAUAAGAGGUUCCAAUUGCUCCGUUCCUCUUAGUCAGACUUCAGUUCCAAAAGAAAAGAGGAAUUCUUCAAAAUGCAGUCUCCCACGAGAUUAUCGAGAAUGGGACAAGUUCGAUGCCGAAAAAGAAUGUGAAAGAAUCGACGGGAAUUUGGUCAAAAAGGAUCCAGCUGUCAUGAUAAAAACAGGACACCCCAAAAUCAAGACUAAAGUGGAUGCUACAAUGCUGACAGAACAGGAGAAGCUUCCUCUGGCAAAUCGCGAAAAGGACAAAGGCAAUGAAGCUUUCAGAGCAAAGGAUUAUGAGGAGGCUGUUGCAUACUAUUCCAGGAGCCUUUCCAUUAAACCAACUGUGGCUGCGUACAAUAACAGAGCUCAGGCAGAGAUCAAGCUCAAGCACUGGCACAAUGCCAUGAGCGACUGUCUGAGGGUCCUCGAGCUGGAACCAGGCAAUGUGAAAGCCCUGCUACGUCGUGCCACUGUUUAUAACCACAUGGGCAACUUCCGAAUGGCUGCUGAGGACCUGAGAGUGGUGCUGAGGGAAGAGCCACAGAAUGCUGCAGCCACUCAACUUCUGUCUGAAACUGAGAAGAAGAUGAAGGAAUGUCAACCUGAGCUGCAACGCAAAGGCAAGAAGAUCCUCAUUCAAGAAGUAGAAGAGGAAGAUGAUGACUGCAAUAACGAUGAGACAAAAGCAGAGCAGACCGCUCAUCCGGUUGAACCCAGCCAGGCUGUGGGAGGGGAGGAGAGCUCAGCUGCUCCUGGCGAACGGGGAGACAUGGGUAACGCUCAAAAGAAGCCCCACGGCAGAGGUGACGGGGGUCCUCACAGCGAGUUCAACAGCUCCCACCAUGGACACUGGAGGAGCAAAGGAGCCAGCUCUGACAAGUACAAAGUCCCGCAGGAGCCAAAGGAAAAGGCAGCCAAUGGAACGAGCAAGAGGGGCUCGACAGCUUCAGUCCCGGCUGAUCAGAGCAGCGGCGGUAGAGAAACUCCGGUGGGAGGAAAUGCAGGGGAAUCUGUCAACCUUGAUGCCCCGUGCGGAGCCCUGCCCCCACCUCUGGCCCGGCUAAAGAAUGAAGGGAACCUGCUGUUUAAAAACGGACAAUUUGCCGAUGCACAGGAGAAAUACUCACAAGCCAUUCAGGGCUACACAGAAUCAGGGAUUGAUAGUCCGGAGGAUUUAUGUACUCUGUACUCUAACAGAGCAGCUUGCUACCUUAAAGAUGGCAACAGUCAAGAGUGCAUACAGGACUGCACGAGAGCCCUGGAGAUGCAGCCAUUCUCCCUCAAGCCUAUCCUGCGCCGGGCCAUGGCUUACGAGUCCCUGGAGCGCUACCGGAAGGCCUACGUGGAUUACAAGACCGUCCUGCAGAUAGACUCCGGCGUGCCGGCGGCGCACGACAGCGUCAACAGGAUCACCCGGCUGCUGAUCGAGCAGGACGGCGCAGAGUGGAGGGAGAACCUUCCGGACAUUCCCCGGGUCCCCCUGUCAGCUCAGCAGCACCGCAGAGAGGAGCCGCCGAGCGCAGAGGUCCUCCAGGCUCAAGCAGAGAGGAAAGCAGAAGUCCAAUUCACGGCGUUGAAGCAAGAGGGGAAUGAGUUUGUGAAGAAGGGCCAAUACCAGGACGCACUGGGAAAGUACACCGAAUGCCUUAAGCUAAAGCCGGAAGAGUGUGCUAUCUACACCAACAGAGCCCUGUGUUACUUGAAGCUGGAGAGGUUUGCUGAGGCCAAGCAGGACUGUGACGCAGCACUGAGAGUGGAGCCAACCAAUAAGAAGGCCUUCUACAGACGAGCCCUGGCUAAUAAAGGUCUCAAGGACUACCUGGCGUGCAGCUCUGACCUGCAGGAGGUGCUGCAGCAGGAUCCCAACGUGCAGGAGGCCGAGAAGGAGCUGGAGGAGGUCACAGUGCUGCUCAGACAGAGUCUGGCCAACGCCGACGCUUCACCGGCCAAACCCAGAAAGACUGUCCCCAUCACAGAGGUUGAGGGCGACGAGGAAACGGCGAGCGCUCCCGACUCAGGGGGCAGUCACAGAGGAGCCACCGCCAUCAACCUCCGGCCGACCAACGCCUACGAGUUCGGCCAGGCUCUGAACACAGCUCGCUGCGGUGGAGACACGGCGGCCUGUGCUGACCUGCUGGCCUCCACGACCCCGGAGACGCUCCCCCAGCUGCUGAGCACCCAGCUGGAUGGAAACACCAUCGGCUUCGUCAUGCAGUCGCUGGACUCCCACCUCAUGGAGAAAGACCCCAACCUAGUCUACCAACACCUCAACCAUCUGCACACUGCCGACAGGUUCUCGGUUGUGUUGAUGCUGCUGGAGAAGGAUGAGCGUCGCCACAUGACCCAGCUGUUUGAGCAUCUGUCUGACGUGCAGAGCUCCGAGUUCACCAAGAACGAUGUUCAGAAUCUGGCCAACAAAUACAUUUGACCCGCCCGCCCGUUUGCUCCCCCGCUGCAUGCGCCGCCACGCCACUACAACUCCUGGAUUCUAUGCAAAAACACUGCACACGAACUGAGUACACAAAAGGCGGGAAGCUGCAGAAUGUGCCCCAAAGCAAUACAGCGGAACUGAGUCCCGGUCGCUCCACUGGUCUGUGCUGUAAAUGAUCUGUACGUUUUGAGUGACAGGAUAAGGAAUAUAUUUUUUUUCUCUCCAGAACGUUUUGCUAUGCAGAUUUACUUUUGUACCACCACUAACCAUUUGCAUUGUACAACAGGCGGACAUCGGGACUCUAUGGACCUUUCACUUUAGCGCAUUGAUAAAUAGGGUCCAAUGUACAAUGUUAUGUAAGGCUACAGGCGAGUGUUUCCCUUCACAUGAGUUUGCUCAGGACGGGCUCACGAUUCCAGAACUGAGCUUGGUGGUUCCAGUCAGAAUUCGAUAUCAGUCGUUUGAUAAAUUAACUUGUGUCCGACACAGCUAAGAUCAGAAAUGAUAUUCAGUGCAUGCUGAAUAUUAACUAACCAAGGAACAAGCGCUACAGAGCGAAUGUGGGUUGAAAGCAUAAAGAUAAAGACACAGUUUUAUUAUGACCACAUGUUCUCUGUGGGAGACGUAGGCAUGACAUCUUAUUGUUGUUCUGUGCAGUAUGAGAACAGCAUCUGUUGGACUGAUAUCUACUGACGAUGUUGUAGGAGAAAAUACAAUUUGUAACCUUAAAUGACUCCGAUACUCUUCUGCUUUUUCAGCUAUGCAGUUAGCAGAUCCGGGUUCUAAUGUCAAGUCACUCUCAAGGCUGGUGUUUAGUUUCCUUCUCCAUAAGGAGCGACGUCAGUGUUUAUCACAUCUGCACAUUCCUCCUCACAGCAGUUCAGCCAGAUGUGUACACACUGGAGAGAAGCAGCAUCUUUCAGAGAUGUGUGCCUUAGAUUUCAGACUAGGCUGGGUAUUCAUUUCUCAUUUUGGGGUGAUACUCCUAAAGGUGUAUAUUUAUGUCACUCUGUAGCUUUUAUCAAAAUGUUUAAUCGUUUGGAUUUGUGCAUCAUAAAUGCAUUAAUUUAGCCACAUGCGUGUAACUGUUUAAAAUCUGAAAUUUAUUUGCUAAUAUGAAAGGCAUUCUAUCGAUGUUAAAGGGACAGUUCACCCAAAAAAUACAUUUGUCCUCUUAUCUGUGGAGCUACUUAUCAGUCCAGAGUGCUUUGCUGCCAGUUGCCUCGUCUGCAUUCUCUCAAAUACAAUGGGACUGUAGGGCACUCCGCUUUUGGUGAAAAAAUUAAUUAUAAAAACUAAAAAUGACGGAGUAAUUCAAGAUUAUCUACAUUGUGAGCAGUUACAUGAGGUAUUUUUGAAUUAGGGGUGAACUGUCCCUUUAAGUAUUUCGUUAUUGUACAUUCCAGUCAUCCAAACAUCGUCUGCCUGAAUCCAAAAACACUUUUUCAAAUAGUUUAUCAA